AUGCCUACUAUCACUGUGAAGAACAACUCUUCCCACUCGCAGACCUUCCUUGUCCAUGGAUUCCCUGGAAACCCUGGCAGUAUAACCGUGAAGGGAAACGGGGGCACUGCGACUGUCAAGAGCGCAGACCGUCAACAAGUCUCGGGGGCCAUCAUUGCCACGCAUGACGGUCACGAGGGCGAGCAGGCCGAGAUUACCUUUAACGGCUGGCCAGAGGGCAAGAAUCAGUACUACGACAUCAGCUACAUCGUCGGCGGCGGCGGCAACCUGACGAUCGAGCAGGCCGGGGCGCCGAACACGCGCAAGGGCGAUGCAACAUUCAUGCAGGACUGCAACGCGGCGUGGCAGAAGCUGUCCGCUGACAAAAAGAAGACGCUGCAGCGGUUCGUGCACCUCGACGGCAAGGGCAAAGUUUCGCGCAUCGACGCGCCCAAGAACGACAAGAACCUCGAAGACUGGGUGAGGACCUUUGCGCACGGAGUCUACGUCGGGGUCGGCGCUUGGAAGGACGACAAGGGCAACGAAGAGGACAAUAAGCAAAGCAGCGCCACUGCGGGUGGAAACAAGGAUUUGCUGGUUGUGUUUACCGAUAACAAUGACAAUUAA